GGUGGUGGCCGCUGUUUUGCUUCAUAGCUUCUAGAUCAGCCCACGAAAGCAUGGGAAUGUUGCGAGGGAAUUUCUGAGUAAACUAGCGUUAAAGUGCCAGAUAAGUUGCUGUAAGUUCCCCACGAGCUGUUCCACGUCUCAGGAGCGCCGACAUACCAUCAAAGUACGUUAGCGAAACGCUGUUGGGACAUUUCACCAGCGAGCAAUUCCGGACAAAGGAAAAGAGACUUGUGAGCUAACGUUAGUUGGCUCCCGGGCUAACUUAGCAUUCCUCUAGCUGCGGCGCAAUGCAGGCCAUAAAGUGUGUCGUUGUCGGAGAUGGAGCUGUGGGUAAGACCUGCCUGCUCAUCAGCUACACCACCAAUGCCUUUCCUGGAGAGUACAUCCCCACAGUGUUCGACAACUACUCUGCCAAUGUUAUGGUUGACGGGAAGCCGGUGAACCUGGGCCUCUGGGAUACAGCAGGACAAGAAGACUAUGACAGACUCCGCCCACUUUCAUACCCACAGACGGAUGUGUUUCUCAUCUGCUUUUCGCUUGUGAGUCCUGCCUCAUUUGAAAACGUCCGUGCCAAGUGGUACCCUGAGGUGAGACACCACUGUCCCAACACUCCCAUCAUCCUGGUGGGUACCAAACUGGAUCUGAGAGAUGACAAGGACACUAUGGAGAAGCUCAAAGAGAAGAAACUCUCUCCCAUUACAUAUCCCCAAGGACUGGCGAUGGCCAAAGAGAUUGGUUCCGUCAAGUACCUGGAGUGCUCAGCCCUGACUCAGCGUGGCCUUAAAACUGUGUUCGACGAGGCCAUCCGGGCCGUCCUCUGCCCUCCACCCGUCAAGAAGAAGGGGAAGAAGUGCACUCUCCUCUAAGACUUCCUCCACUGGAACGGUUACAGGGGAACAUGACCGCUAGUGGUGAGGGUGGCUGAGGAUCACAGGAGAAACACACAAGUAUACACACAAAAAAACGAUGUACUUCAGAUUCUUUCCUUCCAUAAGUGUAGCUACAGCAGUUAUACCAACUGUUUCCAUGAGAAAUUUGACACAGGGGUCAGAUUUAGGAGAAGGGGUUAGAAGAUCAUAGACCCUAGUUCUUUCCCAAUAACGUAUACUGUAUAGACACGUGAAAUGAAAUUCUCGAGGCCUUCUAAAAUGGAUUGGAUGUUUUGUAAAAUGGACUGUGGAAUGUUUUCAAAUUGUUCUUCCACUGGUUGUCCACUUUUCUUUUUUUUUUGUUUACAGUCUUGUUUGUUUUGAGUGGAAGAUAUAUUGCCAAAUACAUUGUGCAGACGUGCUGUAUUUUAGCAGAAAAGAGAACCUCUGUUCGAUUGUCUCACACCUUCAAACCUUCGAAAUCCAGCUGACAGUUUGCUGUUGUGUGCCACUGUUUGCUCAGCUCCACCAUCUGUAGCAUUUUAGCAGUUUUCAGUUUCACUUUGCGAGGGCGGUCAUGUGUCAUCGCACUGUCAACAAGGAACUUGAAGUAACCAUCUGUGAAGUUCUUUUCGCCUCAAGUUAGUUAGUUUGUUUUCAGUUGCAGCACAUGAUUCAUGUUAGUUCAUUCGCUCUCAAGGAUUGAGUGACGCCUGAGACAUAUUGAAAAUGCAAGCUGGGAACAGAUCUUCCGACACCAACAGUGCUAUUACACCCUUAAAAAUCAAAAUGAUCCAGUAUUUUAUGUUUGGCUCCAAUUGGACCUGUCAAGUUUCUGGUGUUUUUCUUUCCUCUCUGCAAUAGAAGUGUCUCAACUGUGUAGCUGCCCAGGAGUGCAAAGCUGAAACCCUUUAUUAGAUAUUGGAUUAGAACUGUGUCGGUGUUUUGGUGGCGGGGAACAAGAGCACCUUUAAUGCUCUGUGGGCAUUUAUCAGAAACCUUUUGUGCAGCACAUUUUGAUUUCUAAUAGCAUCACUACUGGCUAAGCAACGUCACUAAGAAGAGCAUCAUUAAUGCCUGCUAAUAACAGUAACAAGCUACUGUCGGUUAUGAUGUAGUAUACAGCGUACUCAUCUUUUUGUUAUAAUCAUGUGAUUUGACUAUUUUGUAUCUUUCUUCACAGAAGUUACACUUCACUCACUGUAUUGUUAAACUAACACUAUGAAUAUCCUUUGUUUAUUACCUCUACAGUUAACGCUACCUUAAUCUCCCUACAAGCCUAGCUUUUUGUAAUUAAUGCUGAUAGCAUGUAUGUGCAACAUAUACUGAAAACUAAGACUAGAAACGCUACAGUUAUAUUUUUUGCCUAUUUACAAAAUGUAUUUGAACUACUAGAUCAGGGGUUAAGUACAUGUUGCUCAUCUGUAUUGUAUUCAGACAUCAAGCUGUGCUUUAAUUCAAGCCAAUGUUGUGACUCUUUAGUUUUAUGGAUAAAAGCUAUUGUCACUUUUUGAAAAAGCCAAUAAAUUCAAGUAAGACAGA